CAGGCUUGAAAUUGUUUGGUCGUUCGCGCAUUCCGUGCACCCCGUGCGCCUCGUUCAGGCACACCUGUCCUUGAUGAACAUCAGUGUGCCGCGGGAAAUCGCCAAAUCGCCAAUCAGUACAGACCCGACCACCCGAUCACCCGACCACCCGACCACCCGACCAACCGCCCUUCACAUUCUGACCCCGUUCGGGGUAUAUCCCUCUCGCCAUGGCCACCCCAAGCUCGGCGGCCUUGAUGUCCGACAUGGAACCGCCUAGUUCGCCCGCACCCGUCGAAAAAUCCUUCAUGACCGCCGUCACCGAAGACGAUGACACGAGGAUGAUGGCGACGCCAGAGCCUUCCGAGAGGCAGCCUCGCGGCAAGAAGCGCGGUCGCGACGAUGGAGGCGGACCCAACAGCAACCCCAUCGGCAAGAUUCGACAUCUCAAGAAAGAAGACGGCGAACCGCUCUGGCGAAAGGACAUUCAGUACGACUUCCUCAAAGCCGUCUUCGACAAUGAACAAAAGGUCUUCACCAACAGCUACGAGAAGGACAAGAUUGGCCUUCAGUGCUUUGCCGACCUCUACAUCGACACCAUGUCCCGGAGUAGCAAGACCAGCAAGGUCCUUCGCGACAAGCUGCUUAGUGACCGCGACGCCGCGAAGGGGAUGGCCAUGGUCUGCCUCCUGGUUAACAUUGGCCGCAUGAACACCACACUCAACUCCGAUGCUGACCGCCGUCCAGUCUUUCCCGAAAUGCGUGCUCAGCUGCGCACCUACCAUGCGAUCCCGUCCCUGCAAGCCCGCCAGGAUCCGCACGCCUACAAGCAGCUGCAAGAUGCCCCUAGACUGAAGUCCAUUCUGAAGGGAGGCUCCGAUGACCGGCCCGAACCGGGGUCGCUGGAUGAGAUCAAGGCAAUGAACGUCCCGCGUACCAAUCCGGUCAAUCUGUUGUUCCUCAUCUGCCAGUCCGCCGCCAAGAUCGCAGAGCUGCACUUUCCUCCGGGUCAGGAGUUUCACGACCUCAUCAUGAAGACAAACUACAGCAGCGAGAGCCGUGCUCGCGCCUUUCUCUGGCUCAUGUGGUUCUAUCUAGAGUCCGACUUCACCGAGGAAGGCUGCGAAGAGAACCCGUUUGGCCCCGGUGUCGAUUACGGCGUCGGUGUCGCAAAUCAGGGCGUUCCCCGCCUGAAGGCUCUCACCGAGGAGGAGGAGGCGCAGGAGAACGUCGACACUCCGGAGGAGAUUGAGUUCGGAUACGCCAAACAGAAGAUGCGCGCCAAGAUCAUUGAGGCGGACCAGCAGUUCAUGGCCGAGACCCAGAGCAAGCGGGGCGGCCGUGGUGGACGCGGUUUCCCAGCCGGCGACGAGGUCGGCCCUACGACGGGCAUUCUCCCACGCAUCCGGCCAUCCAAGAAUGAGAGCGACCUCGAUAGCGUGAGGUCGACCCCACCACCACGCGGCUUCGGCCGGCAAAGUGGCAUCUUUGGCAGCAUCGGCCGACGAGGGCCGCACUCGCUCAAAUAUCAGGUCUUCGACGGCUCGUCACCCGCGGCCGACAAGGCGGCCGAAGGUGUGGUGGCGCGCAAACCCCGCCCGCCAACUGCCCACCAACUCGCCGUCGAGCGCAACCGCGCCCAGCGUGUCGAAUACAUACUCGACCGAGGCGUGCGCCGCAGCUACCACGAGUCGCGUAAGCGUCGCCGCACCGAGGGAGCUAUCCUCCGCGCCCUCCCGCGGCUCUCCCAGAUGCAGGACCCCUUCGAGGACAGUGAGGACGACGAGAUUUAUACCUCCGGUAAGCACGGGUCGUCUGUGACAAAUGGCGACAGCAACAAGCACAUGCGGGAGCGGGGCUACGGCGGCCUAGCGCAGCUCAAAGACGAGCGGGACGACUUUGGCGAGCAGGUCAGCUCAUACGCUGCAGCACUUCGCCGCGCCGUGCGCCGACUGGACCGCUGGGAAACCCAUGUCGGCCCCAAGUUGGGAGUCAUCCCGCCGAUCAAGCGGCCCAAGGUCAACGGCGCUCGCCACGCCGACGACGACGAGAUGGAGGAGGGCGAGGGCGACGGUGGCAACUCGCCUUCCAAGGAGAUGGUCGACCCCGCCGAGACGGAGGACGAGAACGAGGUCGCCGCGCACACGCCCACGGACGACGCCGACGAGCUCGACGAGAUGGAAAAGGAGCUGCUGGGUCUAGGAGAAGGCGACGCAGAUGAGGGUGAAGGCGAGAAUGAAGGCGAAGCUGAAGGCGAAGGCGAGGGUGAGGGCGAGGGUGAGGAGGAGUUGGAUGACGUCGACAAGACGCCGCUCGGUGCAGAUGGGGACUCAGACGAUUCAGACUCCUAAUCUUUGAGCGGGAGCGACGAAGGCCAAGCUUGAUAAGGGUAGCUUUAUCUUGUUUUCUGAGGAAGUCGAGCCGCAUAGACGGGUUGGGGGGGAUGAUACUGUAUUGUAUUCUUACACAGGAAUGGGCAAGGGAUUAGCAAUGGGAUGGAGUUUGGGAGGUGCUGCGGUUCAGUACCGGAUGGUUUACAUACUUACUGCCCAGGCUUAGGUUAGAUGUCGGUUGGAGAACAAGAGAAGAUGAGUUAUCUUG